CAACACAGUGACUACUACUAAUUCAAUCUUCAAAAGGACUUUUUUUUCUUUAUUUGAAACAGGCUAAAGACAGUUUAUAAUCAUUUUCUUUUUCAACAGGCCACGAUAUAUAAAGGUAGAGAGACUUAAUAGAGAUCGUCGUCGGACAAAAAAUAUAUAGUACAUUCACAAAAAGUCAAAAAAUGAUGAUCAAAGAUGUUCAAAACGCAAACAGAGUAGAGAUGAGUGCAAACGACGCACCUUUUCAAUCACCUGGAGAUUACGUUAGAUUCAUAAGUCCCGAGGUUUAUAGAUCCAACAGACAGAAAUAUCUCAGAAGCUACACGUUCAAAAGCUACGAUGAUGAAGAAAUCUUGUCGGCCAAGAAACAGAGGAAGUGGUUCAAGAACAAGAAGGUCAUGAACAUGAAGAUGAAGAAGACGACUGAGUCACUUGGAAACUCGCUCAAGUCUUGUCUCAGGCUCUUGUUCUCUUGCUUCCAUGUCUAAUGUUUCUCUAUGUACGAUAAUUUCCAUUUUCUUUCCUUUAUAACGUAAUUUCAAUCUAUCUUCACUUUGCCUUUGGAAUAAUUUCGAACUCUUUGUAUAAGUUUUACCAUACUAAAUUCGAAUAUCACGUUCGUAUUUUGGAUUCGAUCAAAUGUGUAUUUCUCUUUUGUUGAUUGCAUAGACUUUCGAGAAUUGACAGACGGAAUGUAGCUGUUCUGUUUCCUUUGGCGUGAAAGUUUUUAAAAUUUGUUUAUGAGUCCAAUGAGAAGUUAUGAAUAUUUUGUUUAU